UUUUACUUGGAUCCAUUUUCACCAAACAAAGCUGCAGCUAGGGCCAAAGAAUCUGCUAAGAAGAUUAUUAACGUUAAGACAUUGAUCAACAAAAAUGUUCAGCCUUACGUUCAGAACGACCUCCAUUUGAGAGCAUUAGAAAUAAAGUCUCAAAAAAUUCACCAGCAAGCUCUUCCAAACCAUCGCCAACAUAGAUUGUUGUUGCUUGUGUGGAAACUGGACUAUGCGGCAAGGUCAAAGAGCAGCCCAGAUGCUGAGAAGUAUUACUUA